AUGGUUUUAUCAAAUCCUGUAAUGCAACGAAUUAUGAUAAACAAUCAUGAAUGGGAAGUACCUAAUGAACCCGGUUGGGAAGAAGUUAUAAGAGACGCAGAAGAAGUACAACAAAAAUAUUUUAGUUCAUGUAUAACAGUUGCCGAAUGUCGUCAAGUUGUAGAUCAAAUUCGAGCGGUUUUUGCUCGUUAUCCAGUAUCUCAGAAAUAUCUCGAGUCUAAUUCAAAUGAUGCAAAUGAUAUAUUUUCAUCAAUAUUCAAAUGGGGUUAA